GCACUACUCCAUCCAAUUCGGAUCACGGAGGAGCUUCAGCACAAGGUAACGAAUGCGUAUGCGAGCUGCAGUUGUCCACAUUGCUGACGUGGGACCCAGGAAAUGGUCAGGUGUCGAAUGCUACCAGAGCUGAGGAUGCACCGUGCAGAAACCCCAGCGGCCACCAAGAGCCGGAAAAUGUUGACCCAAUGGAAGAAGGUGAGAGGGUGUUUCAUGCGAGGAUGUACACGAGGAUGAGUGCGCUAACGAGAUGGACAAUAGGUCAGGAUAGUGUCUUGACGAGAUACGAAAGGGAUUUUAAAGAGGACGUGCAACGAUUGCAGGGGCGGGUCACUACUAGGGAAAAUGUAGGGGACUGGG